AUGGGUGAUGAAGACGUGUUAUUCGACGACACCUACCAACUGUGCGAAAUAAUUGGCAAAGGACCGUUUAGCGUUGUUCGUCGGUGCGUUCAUCAUGAGAGUGGGCAAUCGUUCGCCGUAAAAAUAAUCGACAUUACAAAAUUUACUGGGAGCCCAGGUUUGUCGACGGCAGACCUGAAACGUGAAGCCAGUAUUUGUCAUCUCCUCAAGCACCCCCAUAUUGUUGAGCUUAUCGAAACUUAUAGCAGUGAUGGAAUGCUCUAUAUGGUUUUCGAAUACAUGGAAGGAGCUGACUUGUGUCAUGAAAUUGUUAAAAGAGCCACUGCUGGAUUUAUUUACAGCGAGGCUGUCGCAAGUCACUAUAUGAGGCAGGUCCUCGAAGCCAUUAAAUACUGUCAUGAGAACAAUGUUGUUCAUCGCGACCUGAAGCCGCACUGCGUUGUUCUGGCUAAUAAGCAAAAUUCAGCACCUGCCAAAAUAGGAGGGUUUGGAAUCGCUGAUCAGCUGAAUCCCGAUAUCGACUGCUUCCCCGAUGGGCGCAUUGGGACUCCACACUAUAUGAGUCCGGAAAUGCUGCGUCAUGAACCUUAUGGGAAGCCUGUGGAUGCGUGGAGUUGUGGUGUACUUCUAUCAGUUCUUCUUGGUGGCUCACUGCCUUUCUAUGGAACUCGUGAGACUCUCUACUCACAGAUUCUCAAUGGGCAAUAUAGGAUGAAUUCGGAUGUAUGGGAUGCCGUCUCUUCUGAGGCUAAGGACCUGGCUGUGAAGCUGCUUGAUGUCGACCCAAAUCGUCGCAUGACAAUUGAAGAGGCCUUGAGACAUCCUUGGAUAGCGCAGAAAUCACGGGCCCCCAAAACGCAUCUCCAUGCUACUGUUGAAGCGCUGAAGCACUUUAACGCGCGCCGCAGGCUCAAGAACGCAAUCCUGGCGGCUGUUUCUAGCACUAAAUGGGCGAGUUUUCACAUCGAUGCUGACGGACUUGAAGCAGCAGAAGAUGAUGAAGUUACAUCUGCAGCCGUGAGUUUGAUACUUGACAGCUUGGAGGAGAUGCAAUGUCUGACAGAGGCUGGAUCUGAGGCAAUGAAAUGGAAGGAAUUAGCAUUCCAGGACCAGCAACUCUGUGAUCUUCUGGAGCUUUAUGAUUUAAUAAACAGUAAUCCACUCUCCCCAAACGUAACGCUUCCUGAUAAUGCCACGGUAAAGGCACAAGACGUUAUUGAUGAGCUAACUGGAACAGUUUCCGAGGACUUCGUUCACGAUGCCGACGAGUUAAGAUACAUUCUUACUCUGCCACACUUUCGAGCUCUACUGCGAGCUCGCGAUGUGAUCGCGCAUGAUGUGUACGGCGAAGCGGCAAUCCGGGUAACCCCUCCACCGACAUCCGCUUUCGGCACGUCCACGACAAACAGUGAUGAAGGGGGGAAAGAUGAUGCUGACUGUCCUGCAGACUCCGGACAUCAUAUAACUAGGGUUCGGCUCGUCCAAUUUCAGAAAACUACAGAUGAGCCAAUGGGGAUCACGCUGAAGCUAAAUGAAGAGGACAAAUGCAUUGUUGCUCGAAUAAUGCAUGGAGGGAUGAUACACCGGCAAGGCACUCUACACGUCGGGGAUGAAUUGCGCGAAAUAAACGCUGAACCCGUUCUUGGAAAGUCAGUGGAGUAUCUCCAGCGCCGAUUGCGAGAAGCUCGUGGAAGCGUCACCCUUAAGAUCGUUCCCAGUUAUCGUACCAAUCCCAUUCAGUGUGAGAUAUACGUUCGCGCCAUGUUUAAUUACAACCCUGAAGCGGAUGAAUUAAUCCCAUGCACCCAGGCUGGAAUUCGCUUUCAUGUGGGUGACAUUCUACAGAUUAUUAGCAAAGAUGAUCAUAACUGGUGGCAGGCAAGACUUUGGGGUUCGGACCCACAAAGUCCUGCGGGUCUCAUCCCGAGUCCGGAAUUUCAGGAAUGGCGAGCCGCCAAUCGUGCAGCCGAGUACUCCCAUGGACAUGGCAACCAGCAAGUGGUUAACUGUGGAUCGUGGUUUAUGAAGAAGAAACGAGGAAAUCACGGUUCAGGACGCUCAUCCAGUGAACGUACUCGAUACUCAGUAAUGUAUGACCAAUUGGACCUCUACACAUAUGAAGAAGUCGUCCGUUUACCCACUUUUAGAAGAAGAACGCUUGUACUGCUCGGCGCACAUGGAGUUGGUCGUAGACAUAUAAAGAAUUGUCUUAUUCAGUCAGCUCCCGAUAAGUACGCCUACCCGAUUCCCCACACCACACGUGCGCCUCGUAAGGAUGAGGUUUAUGGAAAGAAUUACUAUUUUGUAACUCAAGAAGAAAUGAUGAGGGAUAUUACAAAUAAUGAAUACCUUGAAUAUGGUACCCAUGAACAGGCUAUGUAUGGCACUAAGUUGGAUACAAUCAGGCAGAUACAUGCGGCUGGAUUGAUCGCCAUUCUUGAUGUGGAACCCCAGGCACUAAAAGUAUUACGAACCGCCGAGUUCGCUCCAUGUGUAAUCUUCAUUGCGGCGCCUGAUCUCAACACAAUUUUCUCCGACUUAAAUUGUCCCAACGAUGGAAGUCUUGAACGUUUAGCACGGGAGAGCCAAUUACUGGAACAGCAUUUUGAACACUUUUUUGAUAUGAAAAUAGUCAAUAACGACAUGGAGGAAACAAUCAAAAAGCUGCAUUGUGGCAUUGAAGAGUUUCAAACUCGACCACAGUGGAUUCCUGUUACAUGGAUUUACUGA